AUGGCAUCCGAAUCCACUACGAUAAAGAUUAACCAUAUAACUGCUUUGGUCUCUAAACAGCUCAGAGUGGCUGAUGAGAAGUUGAAAUGUUCAACUAAAGAACAUUUUGAUUGGAACAGUAUUAAACGAGCACCUCAGUUUUUAAAGCAAAAAGCAAAAUUAGGAUCUUGUACCAUUGACGAAGAAUUUAACGAGCAUUACGAUAAUCUUCAACUCGUAGAGAGAAAAAUGCAAACUUUGAGCAAAUAUAGCAAAAUAUUGGUUGAAAAAAAUUUACUGAUUUUGGAGACAUCAGAAUCAAUUGGGUUGGUAAUAAAAGAAUUGUUUGACCCUUAUAAUAGUUUACCAAAGUCUGUGAAACAGCAACUUGGAGCACUUCAAAGCAAUCCUAAUGCCAUGGAUAAUACAAUAUUUCUGAACAAGUCUUCGCAAUUAGUUUUUGAAGAGGAAUAUAGAUUAUGGGAGGACGCUGAAACUUAUAUCGAUUGCAUCAAAAAUAUAUAUCCAGCGAUAAAAGGUGAACUUGAGUUGAUGGGAAGAACCCUUGAUAACAAGGUCAUAGAAGUUUUACGAAUUAUCAAAAACAUAAAGAAAAAAAUCAAAAUUAGAUCUUAUGCCCUAUUAGAUUAUGACAAGGCUUUUAACUCGCAAGAAAAUUUGCUCAUCAAGCAAAAGAGUGAUGAGUUAACGAUUAAGCAAAGUCAGCAGCUUUACAAUCUAGAGAGAAAACUAGGAGAAUACAAACUGAAUUAUGAUACAAUCAAUUCUCUUUUGAAAAGAGAAUUGCCUUGCUUCUUCAAACUUGUGGAUAUGAUUUUGCAACCGAUACAGCUUAUGGUGUAUUACGUACAACUAAUGGUUUCAUAUCAGAUACAUUCGAAUCUACGUACCUUAAGGGAGACGUUUAAUAUUGACGAGAAUUCUUAUAAGGAGGUAAACUUCAACCUGAAAAUGAUUGAAGAAUUCAAUUGCAAAAAUCAGCCUGCUACAGAUAUUAUUAAUGGAUUGACAAUUGUCAACUUCAAAGAAAAUUUCUUGAAUAAUCUUGUAGACAACGGAAAUGGCUACGUAGCAGGGGAAUGCGAUGGCUCAGAAAACUUUGACCCAAGCUCGGAAUAUUGUCAGGCCCUCUUUAAUUAUAAAGGAGAAGAGAUUGGUGACAUCUCUAUAAAUACUGGAGAUAUUAUAAAAAUAAUUAACAAAGAAGGGAAUUGGUGGAAAGGUGAAAUAAAUGGGAAGGUUGGAUUAUUCCCAGGUAAUUAUGUUAAAGUGCUAAUCUGA